CUCAGGUCUGGCUAUUGGUGUCUGAUCUGUCUCAGGUCCAAAGGGAGAAGAGGCCUGCGGGCCGAGCUGGAGAGCCAUCAGCCCAGAGCUGUCUUCUGCAGAGCCCACUAUGGGUUUCCUGACCGCCGUUACUCAAGGCCUGGUGCGGGGAGCAGAUAGGAUGAGCAAGUGGACAAGCAAACGGGGACCACGCACCUUCAUCAAGAGCCGGGGUGCCAAGAGAACGGGCAUCCAUGGCUCUAAUGGGAAGUUUGUGCAGAUAAAGGAAAUGGUCCCAGAAUUUGUCGUGCCGGACUUGACUGGCUUCAAGCUCAAGCCUUAUGUUAACUACCGAGCUCCUGCAGGCAUAGACACACCCCUGACCGCCAAAGCGCUCUUCCUGCAAACAGCUGCACCUGCUAUUGAAAAAGACUUUAAAGAAGGGACUUUUGAUGCUAACAACUUGGAGAAAUAUGGCUUUGAGCCUACACAGGAAGGCAAGCUGUUCCAGUUGUAUCCUAAGAAUUUCCCACGCUAGGAAACAGUGACAGUGACCAAAAGUUUGCCUACAAAGUGGAUACAAACCUUGGAUUCUGAGUGUCUCGAAGAAUAGGAGCAGCUUCCUUAUGCAGUUCUAUUAAAGGCCUUUAGUAUCUCAUACAA